AUGUUAACUGCAAACAAUAAGAAAAAGGAAAUAGUUAUCGAUUUACAAAGAAAUUCUUCAGUGUUUCAUAAUAUAAGGACUUCUCGCCCUGCGCUGCUUGAUUUGACAUCCAUAUAUCCAAUUUUUCUCAGUCUCUUCAUCUCUCUGUUUUAUAGAGAAUCUCUUUCUCUCCCCCUCUCUCUCCCUUCUCUCUCCCCUCUCUCUCUCUAUUCAUUCUCUCUCUUCUCUCUUUUCUCUUUUUUUCACUUGUUCUUUUCAUUUUCUUCUUUUUAUGAUGUGUUCUUACUAUUAUACAUUGAUUCAUUCAGACCAGUGUUUUUUUCAUCUUUUGUUCUUUCUUUUUAUUAUGAUUCAUUUUCAGACCACCUCUCUCUCAUUCUUUCUCUCACCUUCUCUCUCUCACUCACUUUAUCUCACUCUCUCAUUCUCUUUCUCUCUCCCUCUUUCUCUCUCACUCCAUUUACAAUGAGCUUCAUUAACAUCUGUUUAUAUCUAUCUAUCUAUCUAUCUAAGUUUGUUUAUAUCCAUCUAUCUAUUUUUCUAUCUAUUAGUGUUAGUCUGUUUAUAUCUAUCUAUCUAUCUAUCUAUCUAUCUAUCUAUCUAUAUUCUGUAUUUCCCUAUAUUGAUAUUAGAUAUAUGUUCAUAUUAUCUAUCUAUCUAUCUAUCUAUCUAUCUCAGUCUGUUCAUAUCUAUCUAUCUAUCUAUCUAUCUAUCUAUCCAUCUAUCUACCUUGGUCUGUUCAUAUCUAUCUCAGUUUGCUAUCUAUCAAUCUAUCUCAGUCUGUUCAUAUCUAUCUAUCUAUCUAUCUAUCUAUCUAUCUCAGUCUGUUCAUAUCUAUUUAUCUAUCUAUCUAUCUAUCUAUCUAUCUAUCCAUUCAUCCAUCCAUCUAUCUAUCUAUCUAUCUCAGUAAUUCACAUUUAUCUAUCUAUCUAUCUAUCUAUCUAUGACAUCUAUCUAUUUGGUCUGUUCAUAUCUAUCUCGGUUUCACAUAUCAAUCUAUCUCAGUCUAUUUUAUCUAUCUAUCUAUCUAUCUAUCUAUCUAUCUAUCUAUCUAUCUAUCUCAGUCUGUUCCUAUCUAUCUAUCUAUCUAUCUAUCUAUCUAUCUAUCUUGGUAUGUUCAUAUCUAUCUCAGUUUGCUAUCUAUCAAUCUAUCUCAGUCUGUUCAUAUCUAUCUAUCUAUCUAUCUAUCUAUCUAUCUAUCUAUCUUGGUCUGUUCAUAUCUAUCUCAGUUUGCUAUCUAUCUAUCUAUCUAUCUAUCUAUCUAUCUAUCUAUCUCAGUCUGUUCCUAUCUAUCUAUCUAUCUAUCUAUCUAUCUAUCUAUCUAUCUAUCCUUGUGUUAGUAGGUAUCUCACACUACAGUUAUAG